CAGGCGGUUAUGUCUAUAUGAAUGGAGAUGCAGUGAAGUUACAACCACCUGUUGCAAACGCACUAUACGCUCACGUACCCGUUGAAACGGCAAUGCUAGCCACAACAAAUCUGUACGGACCGACAACACAAUUGGCAGCUCCAGCAGCAACACACAUCCCAUUGAUAGCGACCACAGCUCAACAACCGCCGCAUCCGCAAGCGUUGCAAGUGGCCGCCCCACCACCACCUUCACAACAUCAACAUCAACACCAGCACCAACAGUUGAUACCACAUAGUCAUCCACACGCGCAUACACAUACACAUAGUGCAGCUGUCGCCGCUGCUGCAGCCGCUGCCGCAGUAGCUCCACAUACACAGCAAACACCCACUGCUGCUGCCACAUUACAAACGGUGCCAACUGCCGCGCAUCAAACCGCACACUUACAAUACGCUCAUCAGCCACAAGCGGUGGCUCAAGUUGCUACUGGGGGCACCACGGUCACAACGAUUGAUAGCGCCGAGUACGCAGCCGCCGUAAUGAAUGGCACAAUUGCACAGGACGGCAGUGCCGUCUGCUAUGGCCAGCAGGAUGAAUUGUCUGCUGGUAUGACGACAGGAACGAAUUUAAUAGCUGUUGAUGCAUCAAUGACGGGAACGCCCACAUCAGUGGGAGCUCAUCAAUCGCACACGCAACAUCAUGUGGUUGUAGGUAAUGGCCCACAUCAGCACCAACAGGUGGUAGCACAACAGCAUCAUCAAACACAUUCACAACAUCAACAACAACAACAACAAACGAUUAUAACCGGUAGCAAUUCGGCAAAUACAGUUGACAGUUCUGGCAUACCGCUGGAACAGCUUAAACAGAUGCUCUCAACCCAAUUGGAAUACUAUUUUUCUAGAGAAAAUUUAGCAAACGACACAUACCUUUUGACACAAAUGGACGCCGACCAAUAUGUUCCCAUAAUCACUGUGGCCAAUUUCAAUCUUGUCAAGAAGCUCACAAAGGAUAUUAAACUGAUUACUGAAGUGCUAAGAGAAUCGCCAAAUGUGCAAGUAGAUGAGGAAGGAUUACGUGUUCGCCCAAAUCACAAACGUUGCGUAAUUAUAUUGAGAGAAAUAUCCGAUAAAACUCCAGUGGAGGAAGUUAAGAAUAUUUUUAAUAAUGAAAAUUGUCCACGCGUAAUAUCAUGCGAAUUUGCGGGCAAUAAUUCAUGGUACAUUACGUUUGAGUCUGAUGAAGAUGCCCAAAAGGCUUUCAAGUACUUGAGGGAAGACGUUAAAGAGUUCCAGGGUAAGCCCAUUAUGGCUAGAAUGAAGGCGAAACCUUUCAUUAACCGGCUGCCAAUUGCACCGGUGCCAGCCUUAAAGAAUGGCUUCCGUCUGACCUCUCCCCCAGCUGCGGUGUAUGAUCCGAACGCUGCAGCAACUGCAGUUGCAUACAGCGCAGCACCACAACGAUUUGUAUACGCAGCUAAUGGAGCAGCAAUGACGCAGGCGUCUGUACCUUAUAAUACGCCAGUACAUCUUUUUCCAUUCCAGCAGCAGCAGUUUUACCCAAGUCUUGUCGCCACUACACCAUGGCCACCGGCGGCUGCUGCCGCUGUAGCAGCAGCCGCUACCACAGCACACGGUCAAAAUUUUUAUGAGAUAGGAAAUGUGUUCGCCGCUAAUGGCUUAGCACCGCAAGCGACUGUGCCAGCCGCUUAUGCGACAUCUGCGCCCCCGCAAACCGCUGCUCCAUUGACAACCACUUCAAAGGGACAAAGCGGUGGUGGACGCUACAAUAGCCAUCGUAGUAACACUAACAGCGCUGGUGGUGGUGGACGCAGCAAGUUGCGUAGUAACAAUACGCAACAACAAAUGCAACAACAACAAAGUCAGCAAUUGCCUGGUAUGAUUGCAACGCUGGGCAAUGUCGUUGGCAGUUUAGUAAGCGUUGUACCAACCAUAAUUGAUCCACAUCAACAACAGCAGCAGCAGCAACCGCAGCAGCCACUGACACAGCAACCUCAGCUUCAAAUGCAACAGCAGCAAGCGACUUCAAGUCAAGCGCAGCAACAGCAGCAACAACAGCCACAACAAUCACAGCAGCAGCCUCAAAACACUAGUUCCACAAGACAUUACAACAGUAUGAAAAGUAGUGCAGGUGGUAUAUCAAAAUCGUCAAUGGAUAAGUCUUACGGUGGCGGUAGUAUGUCCUCGCACAUACACUACAGCACACAAACACAAACAGGCACUGCGUCGUCUCAUCAUCAUACGUCGUCAAUACAGCUGCAGUCCCAACAACAGCAACAAGCGAAUGCUGUUGCUGGUGGCACACAUUUACAACAAACUCACUACCAAAUGCCUUCCUCAACAGCAGCGGUAGGGGCCGCUGCAACGGGAACAAUACAACAUUCUUCCUAUUCACAUGGUACACCGACAGUGUCGGUGCAACAGCAACAUCAUCACCAAACACACCAUCAACAGCACCAGCAGCAGCAACAACAGCAAGUGCAGCAGCAUUUGCAUGGCCAGCAUGUUGCCGAGCUGCAAGAUGAUGGUGGUGUAUUAGUUAUCGGUGCUGGCGGUGAUAUGUUGCAGCAUUCGCAACAAUCUGCACAUCCCCAUCAACAACAGCAACAGCACAAUAGAAGUAACUUGUCUAGUUCAACGUCGUCGCUGGCGACGUCGUCCUCUGUUGGAGUUGGUGUGGUGGGGAAGGAGCCGCCCAUGCAUUGGACGCAGCCGCGACAUCGACGUCGGAGACGUGACGACGACGGUAGCGUUAUGACUUACUCGCCAAACACUAGACUUGGUGGCGGCGGUGGCGGCGGAGUAAGCGGUGGGCAGCAAUCGUACAUUGGUGGUAGCUCAUCGUCACAUCAUCAAUCACAGCAACAACAACAGCAACAACAACAAUCGUCCAACUCAGCCACAUCGCUUUCGUUAUCAAAUAAUAAUACCAAUAUACUUUCAACACAGACGAGUGGCGGCGGUGGUGCCGGUGGACACCAUAGUCAACGCGGUGAGAGUGGUCAUCAUGGUGGCGGCACUGGUGGCUAUAAUACGCAUCGUGAAGAACAUCGAGGUGGCUACAAAGGCAACAAUUACAAUCCGCACUACAAUAGUGGUGGUGGCAUGGGUCACCACUCGCAGCAUUCGGGCGCAUCACAUCAUCACCAUCAUAGUGGCGGCGGUACAACACAACCACAUCAUCACCAUCAUUCGGCUUCGCACCACACAGGCUCAACGCAUCAUUACCACCAUCAUCGCCACGAAGUGGGAGGUGGUGGUGGUAGUGGUGGAGGUGGGUUAAGUGGUGGUGGAUCAAGUGGUGGACAUGGCAUAAGCGACCGCAGCAAUGAUCGCAGUGGAGGCCACGGACAUCACGGUCAGCAACAGCAACAGCAGCAUGCGCCGCCGCCACAACCACCACAAUUCGAUCUAGAAGCGGCUGCAUUUCCACCACUGCCAGCAACCUCAUCGUCCACAGCAUCUUCUUCGUUAGCGUCCUCUGGUGCGAUUCCGACAAACAAUAGUGGCAAUAAUAGCAACAGCGCUUCGUCUUCUGGCAACAAGCAAACUGCCAAUUUGACACCACACCACCAACAGUCGCAGCAGCAGCAGUCUUUUAGUAGCAGCGGCAGCGGCGGCGGCGGCGGCGGCGGCAAUGAUGGUAGUGUAAGUGGAAAUAAUGAUGUGCAGCUGCAAAAGACAAGCUCCGGCUAUUUGCAGCAGCAGCAACAACUACAACAACCUAAUCAGUGCUCAAGCCAUUCUAAUGCCUUACAGCAAUCUAAUAGUUCCUCGACGACGGUAACUGGCGUAACAGCAAAUGCCGGUGGUGGCGGCGGCGGCGGCGGCGGCAGCAGCAGCAGUGGCAGUAACCACCACAGCACCAGCAUUAGCGCCAGCGCUGGCUGGACCAAUGAAAAUCGUUUGGCAGAUGUGGUGCGCUCUGGUGGUGGCGGUGCUAGUGUCACUGGUGGCAAUAAUAAGAGCAAAUCCCGCAAAGAUUCCGCCCAUAAUAAUAAACAGCAACUAAAUUUUCAGCCGCGUAAUGUAGGUAUUAAUGUGGCCGGUAUUGCUGGUUCAAGUCCCACCUCAACAGCGUCCAUAAACAAUAUGAAUAACACCACUACUACCACAGAAGGUGCUUACGCUGUAGAUGAACAAAAUACUGCAGCCGCAAUGAAGUCGAACAACAAUAAGUCUGCGACGAUGAAUAAGCAAAAUUCGAAUUCGAAUAACAACUACACCACCUCUGCCUCCUCAUCCAACAACACUGUGAUAAAGUGUCCAACACAACCCAAUAACAACAAAAACAACAACGCCUAUAGUCUGAUUGGCAGUAACGCGUCAUACGACAGUAAUACUGUCUCUGGUGAGAAACCAACCAACAAGACUGAGGAACUGUUUGCGUCAACACAAGAAGUAGGAUGUAAGCAACAACAGCAUGCUACCAGCGACAACGAACAGCAUCAUCAAAUUAAUCACCGAAGCAGCGGCAACAGCAGUGGCAGCGUAAGCCAAAUUUCUUCAGUUGGUUUGAUGAAAAACACUAACACUGUGUUAUCAACGACAUUGUCUACAGCUGGUGCACUAAGUAGUGGCAGCAGCGGCGCCGCCAAUAACAGUGGUACACCGGCCGUAACAUGCAGCGUGGCCACAAUGACCACAAAUUUCGCCGAAUGUAGUCUAAGCAAUCACAAGAAACCGCCAGCAGUUGCUGAUUUACUCGCCAAAAAGGCGACGCCAAAAGAUGCUACUAAGCAUAAGAAUGCUUCAACAUCUACGAAUUCAGCUUCCAUAGAAAAUAUUGUCGCAGCACAGACCGUCAUACCAAUGGUAAAUGCUGCUGCUGCUGCUGCGGCGGCGAAUAGCAACAGCUCACGAUUGAGCUAUGCGCAAGUCGCUCAACAUCACAAGGAACGCGCCAUCGUCGAAGGCGGCAACAACAAAGAGACAUCGGUUUCAGGUCAAGCAUCACCAGUGGCUGUGCCCAAUAAAAACGAAUCUUCGGUGGCAACCUUGAGUAUAAACAAAAUUGAGACUGUGAAUAGUAAUAUCGCUGCGUCUGGACCAGUCAGUACAGCUGGUGUGGUAGCGGUGGCGGCGGCGGCAUCUGCGACAGCGACAGCGCUGCCUGCAACAGCGAUUGCAGCUGCAUCGCAAUAUGCUGAAAAACAAAGCGAUAAGUCGAUUAGCGGCUCUCCAUCAGCAGCAACCGCAUCAGUGCUGAUGGAUAAGCAAUCGCGUGGCAUAACGAAUGUAUUAAGUCAAUCGAUGUUAAGUGGAGCCACCAUAGUUGGCGCUGGUGGAAAUGUUGGCGCCAGUAGUGGUGGCGGCAAUAAUUCCGGUGCUGUGAACGAUAGUGGCAGUAAUGUAGUUACAUUACGCACUGAUAUUUCCAAAGAUAAAGAUGGUUUUCGUGAAAAUCGUCAAAGCACAGGCAGUAACAAUAGCGGUAGCAGUGGAUUUAGUAGUAGUGGUGCAGUCAGUAACAGUGGUAUAACUACAACGGCUGUUACAACGGGUGCACGCAAUCGCGGCAUCGACGGCAAAGAAAAGAAUGUGCGCGAACGACACGAUACUGCCGAAAGUAGCAGUAGUGGGCGGAAGUCUGGCCGAAAUUAAUCGUCAGUUAGGUUGCGAUCGAAAUAAACGGAGAUAGUUUGCUUAGAAACAGCAUUUCACACGAAAACAUAACACACAGCAUAGCUUACACACACACACGAUACUCACUUAAAACAAAAUAUAAGACUACACAAGUAGAACAUAAGUAGAUGAUGCACGCUAAAGGACUUAUUGGGAAAUUGGAGCAAAAGAAAAGAAGCACAUGGUGUGUGUGUGUGUGCGUGUGCUGCAAUAACUAUGCGCGCAGAAACGAAUGGUAUAACCAAAUCAAGCAUUGUGCUGCUCUGCUGCGGUAUAAAAGAAUUUAAAUAUAAGAAUUAAAAAAUUCAAAUAUAUAUCCAUAAGUGGUGUUGACCAAAAACCAACGAAAAAACCGAACGUAGCAUGUGCCAAGCAAGUGCCAGUAGUUUUUGUGUGUGUAGCGAACGUAGCGCUAACCUUUAUAUAUGCACACAAGGCGACGUUCGCCGCCCCAAUAUGAAUUGUGAAAGUUGUCAAAGCUGCUUAAUGUUGUUGGAUUCCAUUUGGUGGGUUUGCUCUCAAUUAUCGUACUAUGACUACUACAUCUACCAUUAAUGCAUACUACUACUACUACUACUACUACUACUACGGCUGCUGCUUUAAGUGGAUUCACUUGAACACACUGCUAUAAUAACCACAAUGUAAUUAAGCGCGUGUGCAUAGUUAUACAUAGUUACAAAUAGUUAGUACGGCUAUAUAGAAAUACGAAAAUUACGAACGUAAGCUACUUCGAAAUACUACAAUCCGCAAGAUUUACUGCUGCAGCAAAUCUACUAAUCUACUACAUACAGUUAGUUUGUAUGAUAUUUUUUCGCAAAAAAAAAAAAACUGCAAUAAGGAUACAAAAAACAAAUGUUGUAGAACAACAAUAAACAGAAAUAUGCUGUUUUGGUUAUAGAAAGACGACCCGUAUACAAUACGCGGGGAAUGUAUAUAUAAAAAGGACCAGUCAGAAAUUAUUCUUAUUACUACUAUUGAUAAAAUAUUUAUACAUACAUACAUAUGUAUACAUACAUAAAAAUAUAUAUAUAUAUCACAACCUAUCCUUAGUUUUUAAGCAAUUGAUAAACGAAAUGUCAAAAUGUUAAAAAGGCAAAACAAAACGUGAGACAAGCACGACGCUUUGCAAAGUGCAUAAUUGUUGUAUAUAGAGAAAUUAACUUUGUCAAUAAUAAUAAUAAUAAUUAUUAUUAAAAUAUUAUUGUUCACAUACAAAUACAUAUGUAUGUACAUAUGUAGAACAUUUAUACGUAAUGUACAUAUACAUACAUAUGUACAUGUAUGUAUACAUUGUCUACAUAUUGAUCACUAAUAAUUAUAACUAAAGACGUUAUUGGAUCUACAUACAUAUAUAGAUAUAUGAGUGAUGCAAACACACAACACACACACACUUCGAGCAACUAUGUAUGUAGGAUUUUAUAAAGAGUUAUACACAUGUGUUACAUAUUAAAUGGGAGCGAGAAAAAAAACCACAAAAACGAUAUUAUAUACAUACAUACUAAAAUCGUAGUUAGGCACAUUACAGUGAAUAUUAUAAUACUACAGGCAGAAACGUUAAUAAUCACAUUGACGUAGAUACGUAUAUUGGAGUGAAAGAGUUGCCCUUUAAUUUUGUUUUUUUAUAUGCGCGUGAGAAGAAAGUGUUAAUGUGAAUAAAAAACGUACACAAAAUAGGGAAUAAUAUCAAAGGCCAUAAUAUACGAAGUCUGUAACGUUUGGAGUAGGAAGAGAUAUAUUAUAUUAUUUUGCCUUCGAACUCAUUGCAAAUUCGUUGUUCUAGAUCAACAAUUAAUAGAAUUAGUUUUAAAACUAUUUUGAAAAUGGAAAACCAAUCUAAACCAAAAAAAAUAAUUAGGAAUAGUAAAUGAACUUGAGUUAGGGAAAUUGAAUUUUUCGCUGUCGUAUAAUGAAAUCGUGAUUAAGUUUUAUUAUUUGCGACACAAAAAACCAACUCUAUAGCAUCCUGAAAAGGAUGAGCAAAAAUCAAAAUCGAGUUUUUUGUAUAAAAGGCUAUUUAAAAUUUCGUUAUUUUUUUUUGUAAGCAACAAACGUCGACGAUACUAAAAAUUGUCAGCGCUUGUUUUGCACAUGCUUCAGGAUUUUAUAUAUCAAUAAAACAUUUCGAUGCCUAAGCAUUUUUAUUAAAGAGAAAAAAAAAACAUGGCUGUUAAGGCUUCGUUUUACAGUAGUUAUUGAACUGGUUCACAAGGUGAUAGGGGGUAGGACUAAAUUUAAAAGCGAUUUUUUUUUAAGAAAUUUAUCCUUAACAGCGUUUAUUAUACUUGUAUUUACGUAUCAUAUUGUUAUUAUAUUUUUAGUUUAGCAUAACUCGUUUCGCGCCUUCCAAAUUCCAAAUGUACAUAUAUAACCGAGUUAAAGCGUAAAUAUGUAUAUAAAUAUAAUAAGAUGUUGUAGUCUUGUAGGUAAUUAAUUAUUAACAAAUUAUAACAUGAAUUCAUAAUAGAACGAAAAACUAACUAUGUAAAAAAUUAAUAAUCGAAUGUGCCAUAACAGAAUGUGCGAAUGAACGACAUAAAAAAAGAAUUGAAGCAAUUGGCUAAAAAGUAGUGAGAAAAUUGUAUGACACUUUUUAAGGAUGCUAUUUGAUACUUAUUCACUUCCUUUUUGGAUGCUUCUGAACACUUCGUUCACUCAACGAUGUGGUCAAAGUAAACAACUUUUUUUUUUUUCUUUUUCAAGCUUAAAUUUUAAAACUUUAUUACUUAAAAAACAUAUCUAAGUAGCUGUAUAAGAUCUUUCAAGCUCCAUAUUACUUGUAUAUGUUCAUACAUAUAUAAAAAAUUUAUUUCGCAAUGUCUCUUGAACAGUGAAUUUCAUUGACGAAGAAAUUCGAAUUACUUCAAAAAUCUUCAAUUGGACACUGAAGAUACGCUAUCAAUUUCAAGCAAAAUAAAUUUUGUUUUCAUGCGAUUAAAGGCGCACAAAAUUCGCUUAACUUCUAGCGUCGUUUGCAUACAAACGCAACCUUAGCUUAUUAAUUUAAUCAAAACAAAAAAAAUGUGUUUUCAUUUUUCAAUUAGAUCAAAUUUUAAAUCUAAGCUGUAUUAAUAUCAAAAUCUUGGGUUACUUAAUCGGUUCUACAAAAGGGUGCCGCUUUUUUAAACAUUUCUUUGUAAAUAUUUCUCAUACAAAACUAGAAUCUAAGAAAAAACAUUUUUUUUUAAGAAAUUUCAAUGCUGCGUACUUUUCAUUUAAUUUAUACAGCUAAUUGCAGUUAAGUUGUAUAUUUAAAACAACCUUGUUCUUAAAGUUUAAUUUUAUUUGAAAUCUCAUACGAACAGCUCUUGGAUUUUUUUCGGCAGCGCGUUGCUGCAGUUGGCAUUAAAAAAAAUGUUAUUUGAGAAGUUACGUACGUAAAAUCAUAUGAUUUCGACUUGAAAUUCAAUUAAUUUCCAUCGCUAUUUAGAUUAUUUAUAAAUUUUAUUUUUUAUUAAAUUUCAUUAUAAAGCUGUUGUCGCAAUUAAGUGAGCAAAUAAAUGCAUAAAUAUAUGAAUUU